UCAAAUUCCUCCUUUUGUCCCAAAAUAUAGAGACAAUUUGUGAAGCACUCAAGUUUUAGACUUUUUGAAACACAGCUAUUUUUUUAAGGGAAUGAGAAGGUGUGAAAGAUUCAUUAGGAUGAUAUUGUCUGACUUCUGUCAAUCACAUGAAGCAGGAAAGCAGUGUUGUUAACGCUCUUCUCUCAAACCAAGUAAUAAUCCGCUGGCAUCGCCUUUUGCUGGAGGCACAACCUAUUACAUUAUGCCUCCCCCCGGAAGAUGCGAUCCCCUAAUCGCUUGAUACUCUGUUCUGUGACCUUCACUAGGAAGGUGGAAGAGAAGAAGCCGGGCAACUCAACGCGUUUUCACAGCAGCCUGGCUCUAGGUCGAGCAUGCUCAGUGCAGCUGUGACCUACUUUUGCAUGCUGAAGUCUGGAGUGCUCCGGCGGCUGUUCAGCUGAGUGAGAGCGAGCCGGUGCGGCGGUCUUCGGCAGCGGCUCUUGGAACGUUGCUGUACCUCAACGUUCCACGAUCAAACGUCUUGACAGCUGAGCGUUCCACCAUCGAACGCAGCUGAGAUCGCCUGCGGCUGGCCCGCGCGUGUGCUACGGGGAGAGCACUGACUGAGGAGGACGGCAACAGCCGCAGCGGAGCCACCUCUCUCUUGAUUUUUUCUUAGAUAUAAAACUUCAUGGAUCACAGCAAAACCUUCCUCUGACUUGCACAGCUCAAGGGGCUGCGCUUAACAGACGACUCCUUCCCCUAACUCCCUGCUGGCAGCCUACUGGAGAAGAAUGACCAUAUGGAAUGGCCACAACUUUUUGCCUGCCAUACUUCUUUUUAUCUUACUAACAGCUUUGACAACUGCUGAGGAUGUGACUAAUAGCACUUUAAAUCGCACUGACAUGAACUUGGGAUCUGUGCCUGUGGUCAUCUCCAGAAUCGAUCAUAUUAUAGUAAAAGAAGGGAGUAGUGCCUUGCUAGACUGCAAUGUCCAAGGCAAUCCUGGUCCUCAUUACAAAUGGUACAAUUCCAAUGGCCGUUUGCUGAAGGAGGAAGAGAAAAAUAGAAAAUGGUGGUUUCUUGACAGUGGGCUACUGAACAUUACCAGGGUAUCUUUUGAAGACAGAGGUAAAUACACAUGUGUUGCUUCUAAUAUCUAUGGCAGUGUGAACAACACUGUGACUUUGAGGGUCAUCUUUACCUCUGGAGAUAUGGGGAUCUAUUACAUGAUUGUCUGCCUUGUAGCUUUUACCAUCGUUAUGAUCUUGAAUAUUACCAGGCUGUGUAUGAUGAGCAGCCACUUGAAGAAAACAGAGAAAGCUAUCAAUGAGUUCUUCAGAACAGAAGGAGCAGAAAAACUCCAAAAAGCCUUUGAGAUUGCUAAGCGUAUCCCAAUCAUAACUUCAGCCAAAACUCUUGAACUUGCCAAAGUAACUCAGUUCAAGACUAUGGAAUUUGCUCGCUACAUUGAGGAGCUUGCCCGGAGUGUUCCUCUGCCUCCUCUCAUCAUGAACUGCAGGACAAUAAUGGAAGAGAUCAUGGAGGUGGUGGGCUUGGAGGAGCAGGGACAGAAUUUUGUACGGCAAACAGCAGAAGGCCAGGAGACCACUGUAGGAGAUGAGGUAUACAUGCUUCCUAAUGCUCUGAAGCGCAGUGACUCUCCUACAGCUGACUCGGAUGCAUCAUCGCUUCAUGAACCACCACAACAGAUAGCGAUAAAAGUGUCAGUUCACCCUUUGUCCAAAAAGGACUGUAUAGAUGGCCAGUCACAAGAUAGUGUACAGAUAGAAACUAAGGAAGAAGAGAUUCCUCAAAUACAAGCAACUCCUACAGACCCCCCUCCUGACCCUGCUACUGAACUCGACUCUAAUGAGACAGUAUUGGCAACUGACAAAAAUACCUGUAUUAUUUAUGAAAGCCAUGUAUGAUGGUUACCCUGCAAAUCUAUGCAUAGCAAGAAAAAUCAGGUGCGCCUUUAAAAAUAGAUAUUGUACCUGCCGCUAAGCCUUACCUGGAGACUAUCAUUGUAAAAGCAUGUAUGUGGAUUAUUUGGCACUUUCUUCUCAGUUUGAGUUAAGUUUACUGUGAUUUAUGACAGAGUAAUUGCUAUUAUAUUAAUAUUAAUUGCUCUCUUCGGUUUAGGAUUUUUUUUCGGAAGUGUUUACCUCAGCUAUUUCCAGGUUUGGUCACCUAUAGUGACCCCUGGAAGUCGUUUGUAGUGUUUUAAUGUAGAACACUUGAACUUACUAAACAGAAAGCUGAUUUUCAUUUUUCUCUUCCCUUCUCCUUUUCAUCUGUUGCAGUUCUGUGAAACUGGUCCCAUAAUUUGAAAUCUGGUCCAAGAGCCAGCACUCCUUAGCCAAAUAAUAUGCUAGCAGAUCCCAUUUUACCAAACAACUUUGCUGAGCUGUGUUGUGAAUGAGGAAGCUAUUAAAGAAAAUUAAAUAUGUCCACUUAGUUUGAGACCAAGCUGUUUACAUUUAGAACCCAGGGAAAUAGUUUUCCCUCAUCCUUGGAAUGAAGAUGCCAACCAGUGCUCAUUCACACAGAGAGUAAACAUUAAAUUUGUUUAUACAGAAGGGAAAGCACUUAAUUUCUGCCAGAAAGCUACAGUAAAAUGUUGUGUGAAGUUCUGGCUUUUUUUCCUCCCUAUUUACUUAACCAUAUGUUCACGUUCUCAGCAGCUUAUAUUGAAAGAGAUUUUUGGAUCUGCAAACCUUGUUAUCCUAUUCGCUUACUUAGUAAUAAAGCCUGUCUUUGGUUUGGAGCUCAAAUACAUUCACUGUAUAAGAAACUGAGGCCAAAUAAGGUCACUGCAGUUACAGCCAUUAGAAAUUAAUAAUAAUGAACAGAGAGUUGAGCACUGUCUGUACUUUGUCUGCAUAUGUUCCUGUUAAAACCCACAGAGAUGCAUCAAGGUGGCUAAGUCUUGCACCCACCACCAACUGCAAAAUAUGCAAAAAAAUCUUAAUCUUUGUAUUGAAUCACCCAUGUUGUCUAUGGGGGAAAAAUAAGUAAAUACAAGGCCAGAUUCUUUUAUUGAAUUCCAGUGUUUGAGGAUGCAUACAGAUAUACAGAUGUCUCACUAUUUAAUUGCCUUUACCACUCUGGUAAUUAGACAUCCAAAUGGAAACAUUUGCAUUUGCAAAAUAAAACUAUGCCAGAGUACAGUCCUUUUAAAAAUUGAAUUUAAAAUAAACGAGUUGCAGUGAAUUGGAACAAAUCUAGAACAUACUGUACAGAAAGAAAGACGUGUGUAAGCUAGAAUCCUGACCCACAAGAUUGAAAUAUACUUAGUAAUUUGUUCAGUCCAAAGUACAUCUUGCUUUAAUGUUCUCAUCUUUUUCCUUUUUGUUCUGUUUUUAGAUUUCUUUUGGCAAAGAAAGAAGAGAUGCAUUGUAAAGCAAGGGUAGACAUUUGCACUGACUUCUUUUAAUUUGCCUUAAUUACUUACACAACAGAGGCAUCUUGAUUUUUCCUAAUUAUAUAACAAUUAAUAACAAAUAGUUUUGCAUUUUAAAUAGACUUGCCUAUUCUUCAGCUUAAUUUUCCUAAGGAAGAACAGUAUUGUAAAUGUGCUUUCUUUCACAGCAGAGUGCUAUUAUAUAUUUAAGAAAAUUUAACCUUUCAAGAUUGUAAACUUCCCAAGAUUGUAGGGGUCAUGGCAGGGCUGUCCAACUUCAAUGGGCUCCCCUGGAUUCCUGCCCUUUCAAACUCUGCAGCACGGCAGUGGGAGAGGUAACUGCAGGGGCCUGUAGAUUGUAUGCGGCCUGUGGGCCCCCAGUUGGACAGCCCGGGAUUAUGGCAUCCCAUGUGUUUUAUAGAAGGCCUAGCAGAAUGCAGUUCCCAUUACAAUCAAAGUGCCUGCAUUCUGGGUUAUAUUGUUAAUAAAUAAUUCCAUAGAUUUCAAGAGAAUUUCAAAACAAAUUCUGUAACUUCAAGCAAGUUUACACUUUAUUUUCCAAAGGGCUGGACCACGAUAAAUAAAGUCUGGUGUAAGCAGACUUAUAAGUGCAUAGUGAACUUAUUCUUACCUAUAUCAUCUGGACCAGGUAUUCAUACAAUAUAAUGUGUGAAUUUCAAACCCUAUGAAAGUCUAAUACAUUUUGCCUUUGACCUCCAUGGAGCUACGAUUUCACCCACUGGAUGCUGAUCCAGUAACUGCAGUUUAAAUACUUUCUUUCCUUUGUAUACCUGGAAAAAAAAUUGGAAGGUGCAUAUAAAUGUUGAGGGAGGGGGAAACUAAUAGCAUGAUGAAAUUUAGCAUAGUACUAAACAGAGUGAGACAGAACUUUAUAUGAGGGAAAUGUAGGUUUAUAAAAAAUAAAAUCUAUUUUAUACAUUUGAUCUCUAUUUUCAUAUACAUUGCUCAAUCUUCAGUAUCUUUUUGUAUCUAUUGUAUUAUACCUAUAAGCAUAACAUUUAUUAAUGCUUUCAAGCACACAUUCAAGACUGCUGUGGUAAACAAGGUCUAAAAACUUUCCAUCUCCUCCUGUGUAGCCUUUGUGCUUGUAAUACAAAUAAACUAAACUGUUUGAUUUUGCAUCAUUUCACAGUAGGCACUUCUCCCGCAGUACAUAUUUAAUGGUGCAAGAAAAAAUUGGCACUGAGUAACUAUUUUGUUGGAGCCAUAAUUAUAUUUCUAGUAUUUCUAUUAUUGUCUUUUAAUUUGAGUCCUUGAUGGGUUUCAUCAUGCACCUAAAGGACUUCAGAGGCAUUGGAGUGAUAAGUUGCCUAUUAUUUGGCUUAGGCAUAGCUUUGUAUGUUGCUGUUUUACUUAUUGUUAGCUAAGCACCAGUAGUUUGUUUGGUGCCAUACAACAGUCAAAAUAGACAAAGUCCCUGCCUAGAUGUAUGUGUUUGGAGUUCUAAACACAUAAUGCAAUUUUAGCAACAUCUUACUGGUGAUCUUCUUACAUAAUAUAGUUGCACCAUUGUAAAUAUUUAAAUUCAUCUCAAGUGAAAUGGCACGUCAUUUCUACCAGGCAUGAAAUCACAGACUCAGGUUUAUUUUCUUACAUUUAUUUUUUCUGUUUUGCAUGAACAUUAAAAAAAUAUUGAACAGAAAGUUUUAAUAUUUUUCUCAGCUUCUCAUUAAGCACCACUAUUUUUGUUUUUGAUUUAUUAAGUUAAGGAAUCCCCACCUUUUUCACACUGCUACUUAUGUUUUUCCUGCCUUUGACAUAAGCAAUCUUGAAGAAACCUACUCUGCAGUGAUUCCUAUUUAAAAUCAGCAAAUAGCUACAGUUACUGAUAUCAGGGAUACAGAAGUUGAUAUCAGAGAUAGAAGUUUAUACUUAAAGAUACUAUAGAACCACAAAUUAUAAUGAAUGACUUAUUGUGGACAGAUACUGACUUUUUAAAGGUUGCCCAUCGCACAUCCAUUUUCUUAGUCUAUAUUUAUCAAUUUACUGACUUGUAACUUUAAAGUAACCCCUGUGUCAAGAACUGACCACAUAAGUACUGUAAUAUACAGCCAGGGUCACCUGACCUUUGCUAAAGUAACUUACAACUUGAUUCCGAUUAAUUUUUUUUAUUUUUUUUUUAAGUAUUAAUAGUGUUGAAUUUAGAAGGUUGAAAAUUGCUACCCAGAGAAUCUUGGCAAUGCACUAUUUAAAGUGUUAGCCUCCUAGAUAGCUGUCAUAUUUUGUGGCACUGCUUAAAGCUUCUUAGAUGCAAAGAAAAUGCUUGCACUAAUGUAAAUGUUAAGUUAUAUUUCAGCAAUUCUGAUUUUUUUUCUGUUUUGUUACAACAAAUGUAAAAAGACAACUAUGAAUGUGUUCUGUUAAGAAGCAUAAUUUUGCUGUAUUUUGAUUUUUAAGAACUACAAUUCUAAGAUUUUAUAAUUCACAGCUGUAAACCACAAAGAGAAACUAAUUUAUGCUAAAGUGGCAAAAACCGUGAUCCAGCUUGUAAAUUGAUCAUCGUUUCAAUAAAGAAUUUGCACAGAG